UACAUUUCCCAAGAUUCCAUAAGAGUGAAAACGGCGUCACACAUCCGUCUUUGUGUGCGUCUUCCUUCGUAUACGUAGAAAUAUAUUUGGUGUAUUGUAAAUACAACCAUUAAUUUAAUAUGUCCUAUUGUUUGUUGGAUUUUACAAGUCAUUACCCUUUUAAAAACAAUAGUUUUCAAACACCAAAUGUUGACCGACGACGUCACGAUAACGCGGUCCCCGAGCCCUAUGGGCGAGCUGUUUGUUACGACGUCAGUAACAUUGGUAGGAAGAGGGGUGUUUUCAGACGUACAGGAAAUGAGCAUUCCUAUUUUUGUACCCCGACAACAUGAAUUUACGUCCGGACACGUUUUUGUGAAUACGGUCCACAUAUAUGAGAUUUAAUUCAUGGUAUCCUCAAGCACUCCAAUGAAGAAAAGAACAAGCAAUUCAUCACCUGCCAAACACAGCAGGAAAAGCAACGCCAUGAAAAAAUACCCAACAGCACCUGGCAUGUCAACCAGCUCUUUAAAUGCCCAAAAAGCAGCCCCACAAAUCCACUUGACCAUGGCGCAUCACAGUCGUAACCUAUUAAACUUCUUAAACGAGGAUCGAACUCGACAGAGGUUCUGCGAUGUGUCCGUAUCCGUGUGUGGAAAGCUCUAUGGUGCCCAUAAAGUGGUAUUGGCCCACGGGAGCAGUUACUUCCAUGCUGAGCUGUCCAAGAACCCAGCCAUGACCCACGUGAUUCUGGAUCACGUGGAGGACUCCGUUUUCCAGCACCUGCUUGCCUUGCUAUACACAUCGGAGUGUGUUAUUGCCAAGACUGAGCUUCAGGCUGUAACUGAAGCAGCCCACUUCCUGGACAUGAUGGAUGUAUUAAAGCUGCUGUGUGAGGAAAGACUAAACAAUAACCACGUAAGUGGGGACGAGACCGAGUCACUAAAGACGGCCACUCAAGGCUCAAUUGAUCAGCAGUUGUACAUAGAAACCUCAUCACAGGACCAGAGUCUGAAUGACGGUCAUGCACAACCGCCAAGUGAAAGCCAGAAAAUGUGUGGCGAUAAGGCAACUACCAUGCGGAGAUCUGCUCGAAGGAGGAAACCUCCAACCAAGUAUGAGAAAGACUGCGUGGAGUAUGUGGACAACACUGAGGAAACACAAAUAACUCAAUCACCAAGGGAGCAGUUUGAAGAAAGAUGGAACGAUGAAGAAGUCGGAGAAUAUAAACUGGUAGUGGAUGAAACAAGUUCAUCACAUGUGGAAGAUUUAUUGGGUGAGGAGGAUGAGGAAGGCCCGAUUGAGGUGGGUGGCAAAGCACCAGCUGCAGGUCCCAAGUAUCCUGAAGGUCUGACUCCUGUCAUCACCCAUAUCGCCAAAAAGAAGAUUCUCAAGUGCCCCAAAUGCGACAAGACCUUUGAUCGAGCAGGAAAGUAUGAGAGUCACACGAGAGUGCACACAAAAGAGAAACCCUUCCAGUGUGACAUCUGCCAGCAGCGCUACUCCACCAAGUCCAAUUUGACGGUUCACAAGAAGAAGCACGCCAACAACGCUCCCUUGCAGAUGAAAGAACACAAGUGUCCCUUCUGUAAUAAAUUCCACGCGAGCACAAAAACCCUUGCCAAGCAUGUACGGAGAUUCCACCCAGAACACCUUCAAGAGUUUGUCAGUAAAAGUAAGAAGAGGAAGACUGAAGGCUGGAAAUGUCCUAUUUGUCUGAAGUCUUUUACCCGCAGGACUCACUUGCAGGAACAUAUGAUCCUGCAUACCCAAGAUCGUCCGUUCAAAUGCGCAUUUUGCGAUGAGUUCUUCAGAUCCAGGUUUGCCAGGCUCAAGCACCAAGAAAAGUACCACCUGGGACCUUUUCCUUGUGAAAUCUGCGGACGAAAUUUUAACGACACCGGGAACAGGAGGCGACACAUUGAAUGCACACAUGGAGGGAAAAGAAAAUGGACGUGCUUUGUGUGUGGAAAAUCAGUAAGGGAAAGAACAACGUUACGAGAGCACAUGCGUAUCCACAGUGGCGAGAAGCCGCACAUCUGCGGUGUCUGUGGGCAGACUUUCCGUCACAAGAGCUCAUACAGGCUCCACUUGAGAAUGCAUCGUAAUGACAAGCGCUAUGAGUGCGACGAAUGUGGGAAGACCUUCGUGCGCCAUGAUCACCUGACCAAACAUCAGAAAACGCAUUCGGGUGAAAAAGCGCAUCAGUGUGAAGAAUGUGGGAAGUGUUUCCGACGCCAGGAUCACCUCGCGAUCCACUACAGGAGUGUUCAUUUGGGAGAGAAAGUGUGGCAGAAGUAUAAAGCAGCCAUGCAUCAAUGUGAGGUUUGCAAGAAAGAAUUCAAGGGUAAAUCCAGUCUGGAAAUGCACUUCAGGACUCACUCAGGUGAGAAACCCUUCAGUUGUCCAGAAUGCCACCAGACGUUUCGGAUCAAAAAGACCUUGACUAAGCACAUGGUGAUCCACUCGGACGUCCGUCCUUUCAACUGCCAACAGUGCAACGCCGCCUUCAAGAGAAAAGACAAGCUCAAGUAUCACAUUGAUCACGUCCACAGCAGCCGCUUUCUUGAGCAGCCACUGGGCCAGGACAAAAUGGGCCCGGAUCCUUUUAGUACGGAACCCAAGUCGACACCUACGGGCAUAUGUGUGCCUGACUCUUUAGACCCCGUCCAAAUAGCGGGUAGACCCGGGCUGGGUCAAUUGGACGCUCAUGCGGGCAUGCAAGCUGAAGAAUCGCAGCCCAAUUCAGGUUACCAGAACUCAGAGCUGGCAUUUUUAGAGAAAUACACCCUGGUGCCCCAGUCGGUUGAUAUUGUUCAACCUGUGAGGCCCGAUCAGAUGUUAGAUACCCGAGAGCAGACAUACCUGGGAACGUUGCUUGGUUUAGAUUCCGCUUCCUCCGUUGCAAACAUCUCAAAUGCGAACCAAAGUCACCAGUGAAGCGUUAGGGAUUAAUUUAGGUCUUGCAAAAUGAAAAAGGAACAAUAGUAACUUCAUUCUAGAACCGCUAAUAAUGAUAGUGGCAAAUUCACUUAAGAGUGUUUAUUCUGCUUAUUGCAAUCGUGUGCUUCAGAUUGAACAAAAAAAAGGACAGCGACAGUCGCCUGCGUUAUGAAAAUGCUGAUGUCAUCGAGGGCCGACAAUCCAAACAUUUGAACUGUUGCGCGUUGCAUCCUCAAUCUUCACCUUUUAGCAUGAAGUCUGAUGACAAAGACAACAUUUAAUCAGUCAGCAAAAAAAGUCCAAAACUAAUAUUGAAAACAAAAGUGUCACUUACAAAUUUCAGUUCCCACCAAUUACAACCUGAAACAAUAAAAACAUGUUCAAGUUUUAGUCAGAAUUGAGCAUUCAUAUAUAUUCAUACACUUGAUUACUUAGACUAUGGCAUAAGAUAAUUUAAAAAUAAUGCUUACAUUGGCCUAGCUUUAGUCUUCCAUUGUUGCACCGCACCACUGAGUAAUGAUCCGUUAGCCAGUGGCUCAGCUUGACACAUUCUAGUCUCACAGUCUCACCAUUUUUGAUAUAUUUAACUCCAUCGUAUUUUAACUGGGGGUAUUGGUGGGUGUCUACGGAACAGAAGGUAGCUGUACACAAGAAGCAACAAAUUAGUUAACAAUAAGUUAAGUCCACUGUAGCCUUUUUUUUAUGUUGUAUAUAUAUAUAUAUAUAUAUAUAAAUACCUUUGCAGGUGGGCGUUGUUGACCACUGGCUGUUAGUGUAGCAGAACACUUUGUCCGGACCCAAUUGUUUGUAGAAACUGCCACAUUGGUAUUUCAAAAACAUUGCAUCCCUUUCCACAAUCUCCCCAUUGGUGACAACGGGAGUGGUUCCACAUUGAUCAACUAAAAUGGUCAAUUAGAAUAAAAUAAACUCAAAUUCUCAAACAUGAUAAUGAAACCAUCAGAUCAUGAAUGAAUAACUACUUGUAGUAAUUUGUGGAUCAGUAGAACCGGUGUUGCCUGACGAUCCUACAAAGUAAAAGGAACACACCAUGAGAUUACAUUUAUAAAGAAUGAAAUUAACAGUAAGUAGUAACGAGCCAGCUCAAUAACUUACCCCCAAUGUUUCCACUUCCAGACCCACUACUCGGUCUUCUCCCUGAAUUGAAAUAGGAUGAUGACUAAACAUGGAUAAAUGAUGUAAGCCUAUCAUUUUGUGCGCAACUUAGUUUAGAAUCACAAAAUACGUAAGGGUAAUUCUUUUGGUCAAAUGAAUUUCUCUGUUUCAAGUUAUUUCAGUGACUGUAUUUUUUUCCCCCUCUUUAACAAAUUGGUACCAAUAAUUUUGUCCAUGUCGAUACGUACCUCCACCUGCAGGCCUUGUUUCACUUCCAGUAGAUGUUGUAGCGCUACCAGGAGUUGGCUUUGCUUGUUUGACUGUGGAAUAAAUAAAUACAUUGACAAAUGAAAUCUCAA